AUGCCUGGGUAUGCGAAGUUUAUGAAGGAUUUGGUGACCAAAAAGAGGGCCAUCAGUUUUAAGAAUGAUGAGAGGUUGCAACAUUGCAGUGCUAUUGACACUAGGUCACUUGUGAAGAAGAAAGGGGAUCCUGGCGCUCUAAAACUGACUGCGAAGCGACUACUCAUUGCCGAUAAAACUGUGAAGAAGCCCAUUGGGGUUCUCCAAGAUGUCCUUGUGAAAGUGGAGUCGUCUAUGAAGCAGGAAAGCGAUCUCAAGUCAGUAUCAGUGGUGAAUCAUAUUGUGGAGCUAGGAUCUGAUGUGUCUAUUGAAGAGAGGUUGGGUGUUGAUGCAGUGGUAGCGAUAAUGAUGAAUUUUGAGGGUGAUGGUAUUGAAGACUACGAUGAAUUAGUUGCCGCACUUGAUAGGUUCGAAUUUCGUUCCAAACCAAAGAAAUUAAAGCUAGAUAUGAAGAAUCGCGACUCUCCACCCACAAAACUGUCUGUUGAAGAAGCUCCAAAAUUGGAGCUCAAGGAUCUACCAUCGCAUUUGAGGUAUGUAUUCUUGGGGAGAGAUGGAACUUUACGGGUAAUCAUUGUUGCUGAAUUGAGUGAGGUACAAGAAGAGGCAUUGGUUUCUGUGUUGAAGAGGUUCAAACGGUCUAUUGGAUGGACUAUUGCGAACAUUAUUGGGAUUCCUCCUGGCAUUUUUUCUCGUAAAAUCCAACUCAUGCCGGACAGCAAGCCUAGUAUCAAGCACCAAAGGAGACUAAAAUCCGCCUAUACAAGAGAGGAGGAAGCUAUCAAGCUAGGUGAUGGAGCUGGAAUUAAUGAUGAAUUCCCAGACGAACAGGUUUUGGCUGCUUCUCCUGAUCUUAUUCCUUGGUUCACAGAUUUUGCUAACUACUUGGCAAGUGAUUUGGUGCUAUUAGAUUUUUCAUUCCAUCAAAGGAGAAAAUUUAUGCAUGAUCUGAAGAAGUUCUUUUGGGAUGAGCCUUACUUGUUUCGUAUUUGUGUUGAUGGGAUAAUUCGUCGUUGUGUGUCAUUCAUCACCUGUUGGUGGGCAUCAUACUGGCCAUUCCGAGUCACUCAAGUAUUUCCACAUGGAGCGGUCGAGCUCGAGAACAAGGAGGGAACAAGCUUCAAGGUGAACGGGCAAAGGAUCAAGGUCUACAUGGGGAAAUCGGAGAGUGUGGAAGGUGAACGGGCAAAGGAUCAAGGUCUACAUGGGGAAAUCUUGAUGAAGUCUGAGUAA